UUUCUGUUUGAAUCUAUUGCCAGAUUGUAGUAAAAAUGGCUUCAGAGCGGAUAGUUAUUGCUGGUCUUUUCGUGUUCAUUUUUUGCCACGCAUUUUCUUCAACUGCAGGUAGGUUUGUUCAGUUUUUAACAUGGUUUCGAAUGGUUUUUAACCUGAAAUGAGCAAAAAUCGGCUUAAGUUUGCCCGCUUGGUGUGAGAAAUCACAUUGUAAGUUUACUCAAAACACGUGUUUGUUUUAUUAGAAUCACAAGUUAGGAAAUUCGCAUUGAAGAAAGCAUUGUCGUGGGUUACAGUUUUCUCGGAAAUCUUGAUACGAUAGCCCGGGGAGAAUUCUUGUUUCGAGGAACAUUUGAACGUUUUCGGUAUAAAAAAGGCUGUCGGUACGGCAAAGACCAAUCCAUCGCCGAAAAGUUAAAAAAUGUGUUUUUGUCACCUAUAGCUCUAUCUAGAUAAAGGUAUUUUUUUUGUACUACUCUUUUUUUUUGGCAAGAGAGAAUAAUCUCUCUCUCGUGCUUUCCCGGAAUCUUGACGGCCUUGGUGUGUUCUUGGAAUCAAUGCUCUGCCUCGGGACUCUUCGCCCUUUUACUUUAAACAAUACCGCACAUUUUGCUCCGCGAAUAACCACCAAAUGAAGUCAUAAUUUCCAAAAUAACCAUUAAAAACUUGACGGAUAUAUAUGACCUGUUUCUUUAGAAUGAGAGAACGGUAAAAAUUGGGAAAGGAAUUCGCCUCGAAUGGCGAGUGAAGCGGUGAAACUCCUCCCCUUGUUUAUAUCUUAGCUCAACUGUCGACAUCAGUGAAGCUUUCUGAUCAGUCUGUCUGAUGGCUUUAAAAGCUUUUAGAACCUCUCUGGUAACGUUGUAAACUAUGAUAUUAAAGUUUUAAGUAUUUUUAGCAAACUAAAUAACUUAAAUAUACUUGAUCAUACUUCAGUAUUUCUUGGCUUGUCCAGUCGAGUUCCACAGUAAUGUUCAGCUAGCCGGGAAGGUUGCUUCAAAAACUUAAACUGCAUGCUCCGGCUUUUAAAUUCGAUUUCACGAUAUUAGAACCGCGUUAUAGAAUUUAAGGCUCUACAAACGAAUCAAAAUCUUCGAAAACCUCCUGAAAGAGCAGCUUGUAUAUAAUUGUCUAGCGUGUUAUUUAAAAAUUAAAAUUUCGCUAACGUGAUGUCAAAUUAUCCCUUGAUAUGUGCAGUUAAUGGCCGCUUGCCUGUCGUCAUUUCCAUUUUUUAGUUGUGAUCUUUGAAAUACUAGAAUAAAAACGUCUACAAUAAAACAGAAUCAUAGCUCAAUGAACCAAGUAUUAAAUUUAUUGAUACUCUGAUAGUACGUGGUGGCAUUCCAAUUAUUUCAAACACUGCGCCGACCACCGACGGAAGUUCCUCGGAACCUCUAAGGUAUCGCAAAGGGUUGAAGUACUGGGGUUUCACAGGCCGCUGCAUAAAUUGUUGAUCAUUGUUGGAAAACAAAGUUAAACCUUUGCGAUUUCCUUGUAAAAACCACUUCAAGCGUCGAUGACAUUUAAGAUGUUUUAAAAUGCAAUAGUUUUCGGGGGAGUGAAACGUCAGUAAAUUACGCGAAGACAUUCGAAAUAUCGCUGAGUCGUAUCACGUCGUCAUGACCACCAAGGAACGGGCGUGAAAAUCUGCUUGUAAUUUAUACCAUAGUAUUUUUCAAACUUUGAAUACACGAAAAGUGCACAAGUAUAUUCUUAGAGUUAUUUCCGAAAUAUCGACAUUUGGAAUUUACAGUGAUUUAUUCUAGUUUCAGAUAAUUGCGUAAACUUUUACCAGCCUUUGUAUUGACCGUCGGUGAACAUUUGUGGACGAUAAAAUUUUGGACGUCUUUUGAUACAAAUCUCCCCCUUAAGACUAUAAAGUAAUACUUUCGUCAGUCUUAUUCUUGAAAUUCUUAUUAAAAGCUCUUUAGAGUAAAGUACAUGCACAAAAACGCAUUUAUCGUGUUGAGAACUUUGGUAUCCGGACUGACUAGCACAGAAGGCCAGCUAUCGAAUAACCUGCGAUCAGGUAUCAUGAGAUAUCCUUCUUCCCUUUUUGUCUGGGGAAAAAAACGCCUGAUCGCAGGUUAGCUAUCGUAUCCGAUAUUGUAUGAACACCUAUCCGAUAUGUGACUCUCCACUUUAGUGAUCGUUACAGAAAUCGCGCCGAGAUCACCGUGAUCGUUCCUGUGUGUCAACAGAUGCCCUAUCCGAUAUCAUGAUGGUCUUCGCGCAGGCGCAAAAGCUAUCUGGUAUAAUGUAAACGUAACCUUAAUCUAAUCAGUAGGUAAUGGUUUUAUGAUCAGCAGUUAAAUUAUUUGGUUUUUAGCUGAGUUUGAAGAACCUGAAGACCACCAAGAUAUACAGCCAGACUCAAUCUCUGAGGUUGGGGGAUGUUCCGGUUCUUCUCCAACCUUGGGCGAUGGCUGUUCACUAAGCGAUGACUGCAGCACGAUCACCUGCAAAAUGGAUUUCGUCAAGAAGCCAAUCACAUUCAAACUCAAGGUAUGCUAAGAAUUUAACGCCAUAACGGACUAGGUAGUUUUAGAUUGCGAACUGAAACGCUUAUGACAAGCAAUGAAAUCAAUUACAAUGAGACAAUGAUGUUAUAAGUUAUAACUUUAGUCAAUUGAAAGCUACUGAGCAGUACUUUCCAUGGUACUGUUUAUUAUGCUUUAUUAUAUAGACACGAGUGUUUUACUGGAAAAUAUACCACUCGUAAAAUUCAUAAAAACUACAUCCGGGACCCGAGUGGUUUAUUUUCCAUAAUCUCACACGUGAGUUUAUCGAUGACGUAAUUUCGGUCAUUUCCCUCUAUUAUUUUAUCGAUGUCUUUUUGUCUAUAUAAUAAAAAGAACAUUACACGGUGGCGCGAAGAUAUGAAUUUUAUUUUCGAGUGGCAAAAACAAUAUUUUACUCACUCGCUGCGCUCGUUUGUAAAAUAUUGUUUUGCCACUCGAAAAUAAAAUUCAUAUCUUCGCGCCACCGUGUAAUAUCCUCCAUGUACAAGGUGGUUCUAACUUUUGAGUCUGUGGAUGAAAUCCGUGACCAUUCAAAUGAAAGCUACUGAGCAGUACUUUCCUGUGGUACUGUUUACUACACUGUACAAUGGGCUUCUAACUUUUGAGUUACUGUGGAUGAAAUUUUGAAGUGUGACCAUUUCUAGCGAAGCAGCGACAUGUGAAUAGCUAUCGCGUAUAAAUAGGCUCUAUUGAUGAAAAUAUAUAUUCUCUUACUCGCUAGAUCAACAAAUGUGAUGACCCUGUUACUGUAACGGCUUCCAUGAAUGUCCCAGAUAUGGAUAUCACGUGGUCUCAUACCUACAGUGGUGAUGACAAAAUUCCAGUGCCCGGAUUUAGUGUUCCUGUUGGUGGUGUGUACGUUCAAGUAGACCUCACCAAUAACGGAGAUACACUGCAUUUAAAGGUGUGUUCUUAAGGCUUUCAUUUAUAAUCACCUGGAAGGAAAGGGGAAAGGGGGCGGGGAUGGUCGUCAAAAUUUGUUUCAAUCCAUACGUUCCAGUCUCCCCAUUCACACAAGCCAUUUCCCACAGGGCCUUUCCCAGCACAAUAAUUGAAAGCUCCCUUACGUCACGAUAAAUAAACAAUUGGCUAAUUGGCGGGGUCUCAUGUGACCGGUGAGGGUAAAAGGAGUGAGUUUGCGGAGUGACAUAAUCAUGCGGAAUGUGAUAUAUGCUGAAUGGCUGAAAGAAAUAAAUUAAACGGAAAAGUGCACCCUUUUUUGACGCCAAUCAAUUUGCAAAAGUAGCGACUUUUUUAAUUUUGCGGGCUCGACUACGAUGACAAUCAAAAAGCCACGAAGGAUUCCUCGAUUUCUCACUCUCAAUUAGCCUUUUUCGCACAGCCACAAAGAUUAGAUUUAUUCAGGCGGGCUGCAUGGCAUUACCGAUUUUACAUCACUAAAGUCGGCCAUUGAAGAAAAGAUGUUUUGGAAGGUCACGCUCCCCUUUGCUUUAUUUUAUUUUUCUCCAAAAGUUGUUUGCACGAUUAACUCCACAGGUUUUUUUUACCUUUACUUGUAGAGGAGAACCCUUAUAUCUCGAAAUCGGAUAACUCGCACUCCCCGCUCACUCGAACUAAGUCCAAUUUCCCCUGGAUUUCAUCCCACUUUUCAUUCAUUUUUACUCGACCGUUAGCUCGAAUUCGGAUAUUCGAAUUCUCCAAUGACUCAAAAUAAAUUUCCUUUCCCUUGAUCAGAAAUUCGCAAAAUUUACCCCAGUAACUCGAAUUCUGGUUCUUGGAACUCCACUCAGAUACCAUCCAAUUAGUUCUUUUUGGAUGAAUGGUAAAAACACUAAAAAUAAGACCGGUCAGCAUUACAGCAAUUUGAUUUUAAUUGGUGCAAACAGAUUACGUUUUAUGACUAAAAAUGGUUAAUCAUUUUACCGUUUCUGAUGAAAUAAGAUAGAUUUGUACUGCACUAUACACUGGAGUGUUGAAAGACCAGUAACUAGCAAUUUUAACAUGGCAAAUUGAAUUGCAAUCGACUCCCAUAACUCGAACCCUCGCUAACUCCAGCUGCAACUCGAACUGUUUUUCCUUUCCCUUCAGAGUUCGAGUUACUGGCGUUCUACUAUAUUUGAAACUGCGUGAGAAGUGGGUCGCGUGAUCGUGACAUAAUAUUCGGAGAUCAAAUAUAUCCGACUUCAUGCACGUUCAACGAGCGUUCUGUUCCCUCUAGCGUUACGAUAAAGAGUGACCCUUGAUUUGAGUUUAGUGAAGUACAGGUUAGUUACAGGACAAGACAGAUUUGCGACACAGUACGUCUGCGCGUAUUUACGAGGCUUAUUUGUUUAUUUCAUUUGGGACUACCGAGUCUACCAUUUCUUAGCAGCCUCGUAAAGCCUACCGCUACUAGAAGUGAUUUCCUCCAUAAUCCUCGUAAACUCCAACGCGCUGCUCUGGCUUCUUGGUUUGAGGCAGCAAUAAUAAACGGACCGGCAGAGCGGUUGCUCUUUCAAAUUUGUGCCAAAAUAAGGCGCGGCAGAGACGCGCGUAUGCUUUUCUGUUUAAUUUAUUCCUCCGUGCCAUUUCCAAAUAUUGCAUUCCGCAUAAUUAUUUCAUUCCGCAAGCUUGCCACAUGCCAUUCCGCACACUCAUUCCGUCUUUUACCCUCACUGUGAUGCUUCGCGCUCUUCGACUCGCUCUUCUUUCCGCGCGAAACUUCCUCAGCGACGAAGAGCGAGGAGAAACGGAUGUUUGCGCAGGCUAGACUUGUUCUAACGUGGUACAUCAACUAGCUCAAGUAAGUUAAGACAUAAAAAUCAAAAUCAAAACCCACAUACAGAAACGAAUCCUCAAAAACGAAAACGAAACAACUGGUUACUGUGUAAAUGGUUUUCUACAUUUUUUAUUAAAAAAUUGCGCUUGGCAACCAGGAAGACUAAAUGUUUUUUACUUCUUCAUGCUGAUCAUAUUUUUGAUAUGAAGAGAGGUCUUUCUAGUUGCAGCUUUCAAACUACUUUUGUAAGAUUUGAAUGAACCAUCACUCAAUUGAAUGGAAUCAGUUCAAGGUGACUGUUUUAUCUUUUACCAGGUGAAUCUGCUGGUCGGAGCACUGGGUGUUUAUCUCCCCCCAGUCACUGUUGUGGAUGGAGACUUGCCGAUCUCAACUGACGAUUGUGGCAAGUAAAACUGAUCUUGAUCAACAUGGCGUACUAUAUCUAAUUAAAAGAAGUUCUUGUCACGAGUAAUAAUCUGUACGAUAAAGCGGUGUCCGACACUAAAUAUAAGCACUUUACUUAAAGCGGGACACCCGCGGGACACCCGCGGGACCAAAUUAAGACCUUAAUCAUAACUAUAACAAAAUUCCCAAAUCUGAUUGGUUAUCAACUGCCCUGAUUUUAGCGUAAAUUGGACAGUUUAAUAGGACAGUCCGCGCCAUCACGCGCGCGCUGAAAUGGCUUUUUUUUUCAAUGCUAGCAAUACAAAAUUUCGAAUUUCUUGUGUUUUGGUUUAAAAAAUAACCUAUUAUAUCACAAAUUUUGUUAAAGUUAUGAUUAAUUGGUAACAGAUCUUGGUGUCGUCCAAUUCGGUCUGUAAUCAUACGUGAUUAAACAAAUCGGACUCCCGCUACGCGGUCGUCCGAUUUUGUUAAUCACUCGUAUGAUUACAGACCGAAUUGGACUCCACUCAGUCCUGUUACCAUUACUAAUACGAGAGGGACAUCCGCGGGAUUAUAUUAGGUGCCUGCCAUACGUGUAUACAUCGAACUGAAUCAGUGUUAGCCUGCGUAGCAGGCGUUUGGAAGUAGUGGGCGCAAGAAAGAACGGGCCGCGACAGGUAGACACGCGUGUCUCACUCUCGCACUCUCGUCCUUUCUUGCGCCCAAAUACUUCCAAGUGCCUGCUACUCAGGUUAAAUCAGCGUGUCCACCUCAUUACCUUGCGAUGUUGGUAACCAUAGUAACACAGAUAAAGGAGUAAAGUAAAGAGGAACUCCGGUAUAAACAAGUGCCAGGUGUACAGAAAAAUAUAACAGAGCUGGUUCUUUACUGGGAAGUUUCGUUUCAUUCAUUUUUCGUCACUGCAGAUAUCGGAGCUACGUAGGGCUGAUUCGAUAUACUGAGGAAUAACUGUUCAUUUCCACGGUGCAAUACGUGUAAAAAAGGUGUCAGCUUGAAAAGAAAUGACCAAAAUUUGUUGUUUUUAGGAUUCUUCGGAUGGUUUAUUGACCUAAGUAUUCCUGCCAAAAUAGCAGUGAUCGCUGGAACGGUUGUUUUUCUCAUCGCCGUCUGCUGUGGCUGCUGUUGCUACUGCUGCUGUAGGAGGCGCCGCCCCGCCAAUCAAGGUCCUAUCAUCAUCGCGCCUGGUGUUGGUACUUCCGCUGUCAUGACAACGAAUGCCAAAUGUCGGGUUCCCAUGCGACCACUGGUCGAGGAGGAAUGAGCCCAAUUGGCAUGGCUCCCAAGUUCUUAAUAUAGUGUCUAGUGUGUCUCCUAAUGCAGCCUUAAGCCCGCAUUACACGGCUAAACCAUUUAGUCUUUUUUAUUGUGAUGAAUUAACUGUAAAAACAACCAUAUAUCGCUUGAAAUAACAGUAUGAAUUUUGGCUAAUAUAAAGUUUGUCGUUUUGAGUACUCUUUUUGCCUUAGUUUGUCUCGUGGAUAAUGGAUUUUCUCCCCCAUGAUUGGUCCCAAGUGAAGACCGGCCUUACAUGUUUUCAUGGAAUUUACGUUACUUUGUAAUAGUUCAGAAAAUGAUUAUGAGAUUUUGUUAGCCAGCCUACGAAUGAAAUAGACUGUAGACCACGUUUAAAAUGAGUCAGGUCAGGGUUAACCACUGAAAAUGGGAAUUAAGCACCGACUAUAGUGAUUAGGGUUUAGAACUGGCAAUUAUAGUGAUAAGAGUUAAACAUUAAUGGAACUCGAAAUGUUUUUCAUUUUUUUAGGGUUAGGUUUGCCACUGUAUGCACCGUGUAUUUUGAUCAAAGUAAUAAUUGCUUCUAACCUUUUUUUACUUAACUCAUGACUCAUUUAUACCUCUUUAUAGCUAUUUCAGUGUAAACAGAACCUAAAGGGGCCACAACUUGUUUCAGCUGAUAGAGGUUCGAUCGUACUUAGUAUGAAUAAAUCGGCGUUUUUGAUUGAAAUAUGUAGUGCGUAUUCUUGGCUCAGUACGGUUCUCCACUUUAUUUUAACCUCAAGUCAGUUCGCAGUAGAAUAUUUUAUCUUCUUUUUCCUUUUAUUGCUGCGGAGCGACCGAAGGGAGCGAGCAGCAACAUAAUCAGGAUUUAAAGGAAAUGUAUAAGGGGCGACGAAUUCUCGAAUUCAUCACUUUUUACCACAAUGCAUUGCAUUUAACCACACUUUUUACCACAAUGCAUUGCAUUUAACCAGAGUGCAUUGCGCCACGAACAACUCAAAUAAAAACACGGGGAAGUUCGGUGGGUGAGAGAGUGCAUCGUUCGCUGCUCAGACUUAGAGUUUUCUUUGUGGCAAAUUUUUUUACAGCACGGUUAGAGGUCUUACCAAAUUUUAAGACACGCAGGAGUCUUUCAGAUGAGUGCGAUGAUUAACUUGGGGAUUGGAUUUCAAUUCAAGAGCCUUUGACUCGUCCAGGGGCCCGUUUCUCGAAAGUAACUUUACGGGCCCGAAAUCAAAUAUUGAAAUCGAAAUGUAAAGAAUAAGAGCGCGGGUCCUGGCCAUCAAAGUACUCCAUUUAGUUUCACUAACUGACAGUUUUAUCAUGUUAGAUGCAAAACUAUUGAAACCUCGAUCUUUAAUGUAAACGGAGACGGCCGUACCGGGCCCGUUAAUUAUCGGGACUUUCGAGAAACGGGCCCCAGGUGUUAAACCUGACGAGAAGAUGAGCAUUUGCUCUUCGACUCCGCAACACGGGGGGAUAUACAAAUUCCAGCUUGCUAGAAGGUGAUGUGAAAGUGAGAAAAUGUCAUGCAGUGCUAUUCUUAAGAAACUGUUUGAGCCGAAAGUGGAUGUGAUUUUGACCAUUCGCUUCAAAAUAACAGCGGAAAUCGAGAUAACAAAACAUAUGUUUUGUGUCCUAUUUUGCAGACGAGGACGUGUAUCGGCGUUUUGAAAAGCAUAAUUAUGUUUUUUCUUUCAUUCAUUGCCAUGGAAUAUGCGUUUACACUGUUUUUUCACUGUUAAUAGCUCGGUUAAUGCGGCUGGCGAUCACUGUGCCGGCGGAAGUUUCAUAUGGAAAAGGAAUAAAAUAAAAGACUUUUCCUGCAGAUUACAUAAUCAGCCUCUGUGGUGCAAUGGUUAGGUGUAGUCGCGUCGAGCCGAAGGUGCAGGGUUCGAGUCCCACCGAAUUCUUUAUUCCUUCUUUCUUUUUUUUCCGUUUUUUGUGUUGUUAUUUUCUAUAAAUAUAUAGCUAAAUAACUGUUGCUUAAUAAAGUACAACAAACAGCAAGAAAAGUAUUGUGUUUCCAGAGAAAAUAUCGUGCACCAUAUAUUAAAUAUAUAUGGAUAAACAAUCUGAAUUUCUAUUAUUUCCUACAAUUUACUGUGGGAAAACCAGAGUUGUAACUAGUCUAACUACUUGAUCAUUUUCUAAACAACGUUCCCACGAGUUCUUUCUAUAGACUGAUAGUAAUUAUUCUAGUACUUUCCAACAUGUAAAUAGGACAUUCAAUGUCAUUUUCGAUUCUUAUAAGUCUCACUGCCUAACUAAUGCCAGUAUCAACAGAAUGUGCCGCAGCAUUACUAUCUCUUAGAUACCCUAGUUUCUUAAGACAUAAACUUGAGAAGCUGAGAAAAAAAACGCCACCUUACUCUGGACCCCAUUAGAGGAAAACAUCCUAAAAAUAAUAGUUUUAUACGGAUGGAGAUCAAGCAUUUGAGAUAGGAUGAUACGUAUAGUAAAGAAAUAGGUUAAAUAAUGGAAUGUUCAAUAAUUUUGUUCCAGACUCGUAGCGUCCACGCUUUUAUUUUCUCAGGAAAGAACAAACCAGAAGGGACUGGGAUUAACUCUAUUGUGUUCGCGUUCGUCAACAGAGCCGGUGUUUUCACAUGAUGUCACGGCGGCCAUAUUGGUGUCCCAAAACAAUAAAACGGCGGCCAUAUUGGUGUCCCGAACCAAUCCUGUGGGAGUUGAACUCUUUUCUUAUGCAAACGCUUUCUUUCGUUCCAAUCAAUUUGAGUAGAUGCUGGCCACUUGAGUGAAAACACUCUAUUGAGAUUCUCAGAUAUAUAGGUGCGUUUCUUUGAGAUCAUCCGGAUCAGGAUCAGCUAGUGAUCCGAGAUCACGCGGAUCAGUAGAUCAAAUGAACCGUCGGUUCAUUUGAUCUACCGUGAUCCGCGUGAUCUGAUUGGAUCAUGGAACGCACCCACAAAUUUUUACGGGUUCUUCAACUGGCCGAGUUGUUCAAAGCUGGGUUAAGAUAAUCCAGGGUUAGUUGGAAAUUUGAAUUCAGCUGUGAAAGCUUAAAAAGCAAAUUCAGUUUAAUUCAUUUUGUCAACAAUUUGAUGAUUGGCUACUCUAAAAAGAAUAGAGAAAAUUAUCCGAGAAAAUGCUUUUGAUCAAAAGAAAAAGAGACCCGGGUUAAAAUUUAACUCUGGGUUAGCGCUAAUCGGCCUUCCAACAACUGGGCCCAGGGCUUGUUUUACCCUCUUUCCACUCCCCACACCCCUCCCCCUUCCCCCUUCAUUAGGGAGCUUAAGCAACGAUGAUGGCAACGGGAGCUAAAACGUCACCCGAAAACUGAAUCCGCGCUGCUUCAAAUUUCAUCGCUCUUAUUGCAACUCUUUUAAUUUGUCAAAUGUUGGCGAUAUUUUCAGGAGUUAAAUUCUAAAGGACUAUAUCUACGUUCACAAAAAGAAAAAGAAAAUCGUUGUCAUGUGUUCCCGUCCUCCAUAAAUCGUGAAGUUAGAAAAAUUUCACGCCGUAGUUGUGCAGUGACAGCAAAGAAAAGUACAAAAAGGCGUGAUGCCCGUGCAAAAAUGUUGUUUUGCCAGUGUUGCUGCUCUCGUUGCCGUGGUCGUCGUCGUUGCUUAAUAGAGAGCUUUAGCAUCGACGACGGCAACGGCAGCGAAAACGUCAGUUUUAAAAUGAAUUCCCGUUUUUUUCAAUCUUUGUCGCGUUUAUUCCAAUUUGCUGAAAAUGGCAAGUGUAGGCGAAUUUCCCUGGAGUUGAUUUCUAGAGGACCGUACUCAAGUUUAAAGAGAGAAAAAGAGAUUCGUCGUCGCUUGUUUACGUCCUCCAUAAAACUUGCAAUUAGGCAUUUUCACGUCGUAGUCGCGCAAGGACGGUAAAGAAAUGUACAAAAAAGCGUGAUGCACGAGCAAAGUUGUUGUUUUGCGUAACAAACCUAUUGCUUUUUUGACGUCCUCUUUGACGUCGCCGUCGUCGUUGCUAAAGCUCCCUAAUAAGCUCCCUAUUGACGACUCCAGAAAAUACCAUAACAUAUCAUAAUGCUCUUUGUUUGUCACCCCAAAAUUUUGCAUAAGCAUUGUCUUCAGUUUCUCUUGGGAGUUCAAAUGGCCCCAAGAAAAACUGAAAACAAUGCUCAUGCAAAAUUUGGGGGUGCAAACAAAGAGCAUUAUGGUAUGUUAUGGUAUUUUCUGGAGUCGACAAUUCCGGUCCUGCGUCACUGUGGUUCAUCACGGCACAAUGCACUUAAUCAUAAUUUCCGAGAAAAUGGCCUCGAUUCGAAGAAUACUGCAAACCGGUCAAACAGGAAAUCUGGCUAAUGCCUCCUACCAACAACCACGAAGAGCGACGUUAAAACAAUUUUGUUUGCUCCUUCGGUGUGAUGAUGGCUUGGAGAAGGAUCCUGGCAACUGGCUUUUAUUUUCUUAUUUUUACCCAACUUUUGUCUUCAGUUGCAGGUCAGUUUAGUUUACAAACUGUUACAAACUAUCUCAUCUCUGAUGACCAGUGAAAUUAUAAUUUCUUGUGAUCGUGAGCAUGCUUUUGCCGGUAGUUUGGGGUCUCAUAGUAUUUUUUAAACGGUUACGACUUAGUGUGAUAGAUUCUUUGGAAAAAAGCCGAAUAUAAAACAGGUCAUUUUGUUGAAAAGCGAAAAGAUCUCUUUUUACAGAAUUAUACGCCCUUCAAUGGGAGUGUGUUAGCUUUCUCAGAAACUUUGAUCUCCUGUUUCUUCGAAACAAAACAAUUAGGACCCUCAAUUAAGUUUAGAGUCCUACACAUUCUGGGUUAGGUACAAGCUCAUAUACAAAUAUAAACGCUUAACUGCUGAAAAUUUUGAAUAUAAAUCUUUGCACUUAAAUAAGUAAAAUUUGGCGGGGUAAAAAGAAUUGAAAUCUAGUUGUUCAAAGAAAUUUCUCUUUGUUCACCGGCUCGGAAACUUCCAAAAGUCUUUGAACUUUAAUAGAUUGCGGAUCGCUUAUAGAUUACCGCACUGCUAAUAUAACGCUGUCUUGGGUCACCAAAAAUUCAAGAGAACUAUCUGGAGAAAUAACUUGUUGUGAUCUUGAUAUGAAAGCAAAUCAAAUAUUGCAUUUUGCGAUUUAGUUUUAAUAGUUUUUGGACGGAAAAAAAUUGAGCGGCUUCAGGAGAACGCGUGCGUUGGAAACGGCUGGGUGGAUGCAUGGAUCGUCGUUGUAACCUGAAAUUUAUUUUGACCGUUUUCAUUAAGGUAUCAUUAAUUCUCCAAGCUAAGCUGGCUCUUUUAUUGUGAAUAAAUCAUGAAAUCAAGAAGCAAGACUGACUUCAGCUAGAAGAAUGCUAGCCUUUCUUCUGCCAGUUAUUCGACAAAAUUUGCCCACUAGACUGAUCUACCAGGAUUCGGCACCUUUUUUGCCUUGUACCUCGGCCCUUGCUACAUGUAUAAGCUUCCCCUGCCAGUCUUGAGUAAUGUUCCUUAAUUUUUUUCAAUAUUCAUAUCAAAUGCCAUUAUUUAUGACUCGGCACUCUCGAAUCUUCCUUUUUGGGGGGCGAUUAUAUAUAAUCGAUCGAAUUAGGGAGCGCGGUUAAUUAUACUCAAUUGGUUUUAAAGCUACCUGAAUAAAGCCAGUUUUACACAUUUUUCGUGUUUUAACACGAGUGAAUAUUGCUUUAAAGCGAGGUAAAAAGAGACAUAUAAAAAAACUUGGCUACGUUUGUCUCCUUUUGUUAAACCUAAUUUCUUUACAUUCCGCUGAAAACCUUAUUAAAAUUCAUCAAAAACUGCAUGUGAAAAGUUUAUUUUAAAAAAAGUUAAAUAAUGAUGCCAAGUUUUUCUACUUCCAUUAUUUAUUUAGCCGAAAAUAUUGCAAAACCUAAAGUUAAUUGGGAGACUUAACAGAAAUGCGAGAAAUUGUGCAAAACCCUUCAACAGACGUCACAGAAACUCGAAAUUCUUCCGUGUUUAAACCCUGUUGUUCAUUCUUAAAUUAAAAAAUAUUGUUCAUUCUUAAAUAAAAAUAAUUGUCGUCCAUAAUAAUAUAUUUAUAUGAAGUUUUGCGACCAGAAAAGGAAAUAGUGUUUUCAACUUGUGUCGACAUGGGUCAGUUGAUAUUAUGGUUAGCUGUCUCAAUAGAGUUGUGUCAUUCAUUAUCAUUGAGCAGGAGCACCCAACGACGCAGUAAUUUCACCUUUCGUUGUCAGUCUUGAAUCGUAUCUAGAGCCAGUCUCCGGUAAAAAUAGUUGGAAAACUUCCACCCAACGCUGUUUUUUCAACUUCUGGCCCAUCUUCUCGUCCUUCCAAUUUUUUUUAUCGCAGUUAACUUGCCAAAUCUUGUAUACCAACAUUGGGAGGGCAAGAAGACAGCAAUGGCGGAUCUAGACCUUCAGAUAAGGUGGGGAGCGGGGAGGGGGGGAGCGGUCAUCCAGACCCUGAGAUAGGGGGAAGGCGGUCUCAAAAAAUUUUUUUCGGCCCUUCGGGCCUCAGUUUGGUUUAAAAAUAAGGGGAGAGCCUGGCUUCCCGGGCCCCUUCCCUGUAUCCGCCACUGGACAGCAAAGUGUCCCAACAAUUUUAACUGAGACUGUAACUUAAAAAGCAUAAUAAACAAAGAACGAUUUAGAGACACGUUUAUUAAAGGCAAACGUCAAUUUAAACCUUGUGACCAAGUUUUCCUUUUACUUGUCGUUUACUGUUUACGAUAUCUACAAACACAAAAAAAAGUUUUGUGUCGGGUUCAUCCACUAUAAUUAUAUAUUUACACAGCUUUUUACGGCUGAUCAUUUUGUUUAAGAAAACACCAACUUGAAUCUGAUGCUUGUUAUUUGCCCGGAAACGUGAUUCUAACCUUUCUAAAUGAAAUGUAAUUAAUACAGGAUCGUAGCGUCCAUAUAUAAUACGCACAUAGUAUUUCCUUAGUUUUAUUAUUCCAUAAUUCGCCUCGGACAGACGUCGAUGAGAAAAACAACCGUUCCAGUAUUUUUUCUGCAUAUUAAUUUAUUGAAAAUAUCCUGCAGAAAAGCUGGAAAUUGCAUUUCUGAGACCCCUAGAUUUAAGACUGAUUUUCUGGGGGAGCAUCCCCCAAGACCCACCCUAGGUUGGGAGGCCUUCGGCAUACAACUGUUCUCUCCGCGUGUGUACACCUUCUUAAUCUUACACAAGGCUCCUGAUAUGAAGUCCUUUCCUUUCAGCUGGCAGUUACGAAGAUGAUAGUUGGUCUGACGGCAAUAAUAACUAUAUUGCGGAGUACUCUGGAGGUUCAUGUUCCGGUUUGUCCCAGACCCAGCUGAGUGAAGGCUGUUCUAUCAGUGACGACUGCAGCACGAUCACGUGCAAUAUGAAUUUCGUUGACGAGCCAAUCACAUUCAAGUUAAAGGUAUAGCCUGCAGAGCAUACGUUUUUUUUAACGAAAGCGAGACUGACCUAGAGGGCAACUGGAAAACUAUGGGAGGAGGGGCGGGCAAGGACGAGGGACCCAUCAACCACUCCUUUGGAAUCUUUUUUUGACUCGCCUUAACUCUCUGUCACUUCAACGUCCAAAUCGUUCGCCUUCUUUCAUCCCAAAGAUUCAGGGAAAUGCUUAAUUUUCUGCGUUUGUAACCGUAUUAAUGCCGGUAAGCCAACACGAAUGAGUGCAACUAGCUCUUUUCACGAAAUCACGUUAUGCUUAUAAUAAUUAUCAUAACUAAAUAUUGGCCUUUAUUUCUCAACAGGUCAACAAAUGCGAUGAACCUGUCACAGUAACGGCCUCCAUGGAUGUCCCGGAUCUAGGUGUCACGUGGUCUCACACGUAUACAAGUGACGACAUCAUUGAAGUGCCCGGAUUUACUGUAUCUUUGCCUUCUAUUUUCUCGGCUGGAGUGUACGUUCAAGUUGGACUCACUGAUAACGGAGACCGAUUGCAUCUUAAGGUAUUUUACAGUUAUCUCAUUGGCCAAUUCAUCGUGACGUCAAUACGUUUACUAUUAAGGGGCUAGAGAUGACGUUACGGUGACGUACAAGAGUAGGCCAUUUCCAAGUUCCAAAAACCCUCUCUUUCAAAGCGAGGCAAAGUGCAAUGCUAUUUAAUUUUGACUUUGAUGAAAUGAAACUUCGAAACUAUUCUUUGAUUCAACAGGUGAACCUUUUGGCCGGUGGUAAAGUGUUAGGAAAGGGUGUUUAUCCAGUAAAAGUCACUGUCAUACAGGGAGAUUUGCCAAUUUCCACUGAUGAGUGCGGUGAGUACUGACCGUGCUUUCAUAAAAACUCUUACUUUUAUAAACAUUUUUAAAGCAGAAGUACACUUCAUUCUACGAUGGAAAUCUGACAAAGUUUCACUUGGUGCUUUAUUUUUUGUGUUUUUGGUGUCAUGUUUGUAGAAGAGAGGGGAAAUGAGAGCCGCAAAUGUUUUUCGAGAAUUAGUGUUCUCGAGCGGAGCGGGUACAAUUUUAGGAAAGUUUCUUGGUGCUGUGGACGGGUUCAAUCAUCAAAUGACGUAGCUUAAAAGAUUGAAAAGUCACUGAAAAAUACUCACAUCACAAUUCAAAGGCAAUUAACAAUAUGGUGUUCCGCAAAACCACAGAAAACUCAAUUUUUAGAGUUCAGUGAGUUAAGUAUCGUUGAAUCUAUUUUUAAUAAAAAGUGUGUUUUGGUUGUAGGGAUCUUCGGGUGGUGGUACAACUUUUCCGAUAUUCAAAAGGCAGCAGUAAUUGGUGGACCUCUAUUGUUCAUCAUUCUACUAAUCAUUGCCUGUUGCUGUUGUUGCGGCUGCUGCAGGUCCCGUCCAACAAACCAAGGGGCUGUUAUCGUCACUCCCGCAGCUGUCCCUACAGCUGUCACGGCGACAAGCACCAGGAGCACCGUUCCCAUGAAACCGCUGGUCAACGAGGCUUGA